AUGACGCACAAUGAGUUGGGAGGACUGACCACAGCUUCUGUGCACUUACAGGCUUACAGCUCAAUCGAUCGAAAAUGGGUUCAGCCGACCCCAUUGCAGACUCUUCCCACCACGGUUUAUUCUGUGGCCAGUGACACAGUCGAUAUGGGGACUAAGGUAUCAGGGCCAAAGAUCUUGAUGCUGAUGGGAAAAUCGAGGGUCCAACGGAUAGCUCCCAACACUUACCAUGGGGGAGGCUUGUACCUAUUGGAUGUAAAGCCAGGAGUAAAGCCGUUUUUCAUAUUGAAAUCGGUCCUGGUCAAUGGAUGGGUAAGGCGAAGGUUGACAACGGUGGAAGAAUGGACAGUAAAGGAUGCGCCAGUGAGAAUAGUGAAGUUAGCUCAAGAGGCAGGGGAAGAUAUGAACCGACUGUGGAAGGAUGGGCGGAUUUCCAAGAAGUCACUCACCUUCGGACGUGCUGAAGAGGAACCCCCAACUCAAGUCUCGGUGAAACAUGGGAUUGCUGAAAUUACAAGAAGUUUGCAUGACACUUCCUUGAGAAAGGAGUCGAAAAAGCUGAAGCAACAACGGAUAUCCGCAUCGGAUAAAAUUGGUGAGACGCGAGCCAAGUUGGAAGGGCCGGAAGAUUGGGAUCCAGAGGAAGAAGUGGAUGUGAAGGCCACGAAGAGCGAUGAUGCAAAGGUGGAGUGUUCCAAGUGGAACAAAGAGGUCAUUCGGACGUUGGGAUCUCCAGAGUUGUCAACAUUACAUCCAGCGGAGUCUGAUCAAAAAGACCAAAGAUACGUUUGGACUGAGAAUGGUCGCAAUCUAUAUGAUGAGUGGUGGAGACAGAGUUACAAAGAGGAUCGAAAGGAAGCAGAAGCGGCUUGGGAUGCUCUAAGUCGUCUCGCUGAUACUACUUGGUGGGAAUGGAAGGGCGGAUCUAGAUGCAUGCAUUGGAAGUGGCCGAGUUUUUAUCAGAGCACAAUACGCGAUGGUCUCGAGGGACGCUUCAAGUACACACCUGAAGCCUGGACCCAACCUCAGCGAGCUGGGCAGAAUCUUAAAGCUCACGGACUGAUGAAGAUCAAACUUAAGUUAGUUUGA